GUCGACGUCUUCUUCAACGUUCAAACCUUAAAAACAUGAGUCUUUUGCUAUCACUUUCCCGGCGCCAUCGUCUCCUCAACCAUCCCCGACUCCUCCUCCGUAGAUUUACUGUUGACGCUGACCCACCACCACCGGAGAGCAAGGAAUCGGUGGAAGUCCAACUUCUGGAGAGUCUCCGAAAAAUCCCUCAGCAUGAUUGGCCCUCCAGCGAAACGCUACAUUCACUUCUAUCAUCCUCUUCUUCUUCUUCUGUAUUAUCUCCUCUUGCACUCUCGAAAAUCACGCGCCGUCUCGGAUCCUACUCUCUAGCAAUCUCCUUCUUACACUACCUCCUCGACGCCGCGAAAUCUCAGUCCCUGAACGAAGAGUCUCUCUCAUUAGUGUUUCAAUCGGUCGUAGAAUUCGCCGGUAGCGGUAGCGAACCCGACGCAAAGGAUAAGCUUCUCCGUCUCUACUCGACCGCCAAAGAGAAGAACAUCCCUCUCACUCCCGUCGCGACCAAGCUUCUCAUCAGAUGGUUUUCGCGUAUGGAUAUGGUGAACCAGUCGGUUCUCGUCUACGAGGGACUCGAUUCGAGCGCGAAGAACAACACGCAGGUUCGUAACGUUUUGAUCGACGUUUUGUUCAGAAACGGGAGAGUGGAUGAUGCGUUCAAGGUGCUCGACGAAAUGCAAGGAUCGGUCUUUCGUCCUAAUAGAAUCACUGCUGCUAUUGUUUUCCACGAGGUUUGGAGAGGGAGGCUUUUGAAGGAAGACGAGAUCGUUGGGUUGAUUUCGAGGUUCGGUUCUCACGGUGUAGCUCCCAACUGUGUUUGGUUGACUCGGUUUAUAACUAGUCUAUGCAGAAAUGCUCGGAGGACCGAUGUGGCGUGGGAGGUUUUGAGGGGUUUGAUGAAGAACGGAGCUCCGCUUCAAGCUCCUUCUUUCAAUGCCUUGUUGACGGUCUUAGGGAGGAACAUGGAGAUUAGUAGAAUGAAUGAUGUGGUGGUGAAGAUGGAGGAGAUGAAGAUUCGGCCUGAUGUAGUGACGUUAGGGAUUCUUAUUAACACUCUGUGCAAAUCAAGGAGGGUUGAUGAAGCUCUUGAGGUUUUUCAGCAGAUGUGUGGGAAGAGAAGUGAUGAUGGUGGGGAUGUGAUUAAAGCUGAUUCGAUUCAUUUUAAUACUCUCAUCGAUGGGUUGUGUAAGGUGGGGAGGAUGAAGGAAGCUGAGGAGCUGUUGGUGAAGAUGAAAACGGAAGAGAGCUGCUGUGCGCCGCCGACUACGGUUACUUACAAUUGCUUGGUUGGUGGGUAUUGCAUAGCGGGACAGCUUGAGACGGCUAAAGAAGUUGUGUCUCGGAUGAAGGAGGAUGGGCUUAAACCGAAUGUGGUCACUCUCAAUACGCUCGUCGGUGGGAUGUGCAGGCACCAUGGAGUGAACAUGGCGAUUGGUUUCUUUAGGGAUAUGCAAAGGGAAGGGUUGAAAGGGAACGUGGUUACUUACACGACGUUGAUCCAUGCUUACUGCAGCGUUGGUAACGUGGAAAACGCUAUGGGAUUGUUUGAUCAAAUGUUGGAAGCUGGUUGUUCGCCUGAUGCGAAGAUCUAUUACGCUUUGAUAUCUGGAUUGUGCCAGGCUAGAAGAGAUCAUGACGCGGUCAGAGUGGUGGAGAAGCUGAAACAGGCAGGGUUCUCUCUUGAUCUGCUGGCUUACAACAUGCUUAUUGGGUUGUUUUGUGAUAAGAACAACGGAGAGAAAGUGUAUGAGAUGCUGACGGAUAUGGAGGAAGCAAAGAUGAAACCAGAUUCCAUCACUUACAACACGUUGGUCUCGUUUUUCUGUAAACUCGAGGACUUCGAGAGUGUUCAGAAAAUGAUGGAGAAUAUGAGAGAAGACGGGUUGCACCCAACCGUUGUGACGUAUGGAGUGAUAAUAGAAGCCUAUUGCUCGGCUGGGGAUGUAAACGAAGCGUUGAAGCUAUUCAAUGACAUGGGUUCACGCUCAAAGGUCAGUCCGAACACCGUGAUAUACAACAUUCUCAUAAACGCGUUUUGCAAGGCGGGGAAUCUCGGACAAGCUAUGUCUCUGAAAGAGGAUAUGAAGGAGAAGAUGGUGAGACCGAAUGUGGAAACUUAUAAUGCCUUGUUUAAGUGUCUUAAUGAGGUGCACCAGAAAGAGACGGUGUUUAAACUAAUGGACGAGAUGAACCAGUCCUCCUGUGAAGCGAAUCAGACCACCGUGGAGAUUUUAAUGGAGCGUCUCACUGGCUCUGAUGAUUUAAUUAAGCUUAAACAGUUUAUGCAAGGUUACCCUGUUGGUUAUCAGGUCGAGAAAAACUUCACUUUUCCAUGUCCUUAGUUUGUGAUGAUUUGUAUUUUUGUAUCAUCUAACCUCUAUUCUUCAUUUGCUUUUAUAGAAUACAGAUUGGCUCCUUA